UUCCUCGUUACUCCCUUACUACUUCCUAAUACUGUCCUAAGUGAUGAGUAAAUCUCUCUUCUAAUAAUGCCAUUAUGGAUUCGACCUUGAGCAAUGAGUCACAGGAGGUCCUCGAAAAUGAAAUCGCAGACUUAGAACUUCGCCUUCAAAGAGCUAAACAUCGACUAGCGAAAUCAAAUACCGCGAAUAUCGACAAACCAUCUCUUUCCUACCCGUCAUCACAAUCCCCGCACCACUACCUCCUCCUACUCUCAGACUCAGCCCUCCCGCUAGGCUCCUUCGCCUUCAGCUCCGGACUAGAAUCAUACCUAGCGCACACGCGGCGCGGACCCCGCCCCGGCGGCCCCUCCUCAUUCUCCACCUCCACCUCCGCGUCCACCUCCACCUCUCCCUUCUCGUCUUUCCUCCCGCUAUCCGUAUCCUCCUACGCCAGCACCACUCUCCCCUUCGCACUCGCCGCCCACCGCGACCCGACGCCAGAUACAAUCAUCGGCUUAGACGACGCCCUAGACGCGGCCAUCGUGUGCGCCGUCGGCCGCCGCGCUUCCGUCCAGCAGGGCCGCGCGCUAAUGGCCAUUUGGGAGAAGAGCAUUGCGGCGGCGGCGGAUCCGGAUCCGCGCGGGACGCUGGCGCCGUACGCGGAGGCGCUGCGUGCCGGUAGCGGUAACGGUAGCAGUCACGAUAAGGAACUACCGCCUCCUCCCGCGUCGGCGCACCUGGCGCCGCUGUUCGGCGCCGUGGCUAGCUUGUGCGGGCUCAGCCUGCGGCAGACGGCGUACGUGUUCAUGCUAAGCCACGUCAAGGCGCUCGUCUCGGCGGCCGUGCGAGCGGGGCUGUUCGGGCCGUACCAGGCGCAGCGGAUUCUGGCGGGGGGCGAGGUGCAGUGUCUGCUGGCGGAGGUGAUUGCGCGGGAGUGGGAUACGGGGGUUGAGGAGGCGGGGCAGAGGGUGCCGGUGAUGGAUUUUUGGAUCGGGCGGCAUGAGUUGUUGUAUUCUAGGAUAUUCAAUAGCUGA